ACACACACACACACUCACAUACACACACUCACACACACACUCACAUACACACACACUCACACACACACACGCAGGCCCAUCCCACCUUAUUCACUCCAUCCACAUGCUCUAUCAGACAGCCAGGAGCAGAUAAGCCUGAGGAACACAGAAAGUUUUGCCUCAGUUUUGUCUUCAUUGUCCACUCCACUCAUCCGACUUGUUCGCUCUUCUUCUUCUUUACUUUUUAUAGUCUGUGAUUUUGCAGCAUGUGUACAGGAAGGUGUUCUCGUUUCGUUGCCGGAGCUCUUUACCCGCUCGCCCUCAUCUCCAUCAUCUGCAACAUCAUCCUGUUUUUCCCUGACUGGCAGGUUACCUACGCCAGGGAUGGAUACAUCACCGAGGAGGUGAAAUACAUGGGAGGACUGGUCGGAGGAGGACUGAUGGUUAUAGCUCCAGCUCUGUUUAUUCACAUCACUGGAAAGCAAGGAUGCUGUGCUAACCGCUGUGGGAUGUUCCUGUCCAUCCUGUUUGCAGCGGUAGGAGUGUGUGGCGCUCUCUACAGUUUCACAGUGGCCAUGUUAGGGCUGAUUAAUGGGCCAUACUGCAAUACGGGACUGGUGUGGCAAACUCCAUUUAAAAACAAAUCACAGAACUACCUGCAGCACCGUGACAUGUGGGGUGUGUGUACAGAGCCCAAAGGUGUGGUGGAGUUUAACAUCGGACUCUUCUCCACUCUGCUCGUCUGCAGCACACUGCAGCUCCUCCUGUGUGCAUCACAGAUGAUCAACGGCCUCAUCGGCUGCAUCUGUGGGGCCUGUGUAGAGAAAGGGCCUCUGUAAGUGUGCACUUCACCCAGGGAGCCCUAAUGAGUCACACAGCGUUAUGGAUUGGACUCCCAAACUCUAAUAAAUAUCUAAUUCACAUGUUAAUAAGUCAAUGAGUUAAUAAGUAAACUGUAAUAAAAACAUCAAAGGAAAAUGAGACUCUCAGCAUUUAGCUGUAAUCUGUCUGAUGUAAAGCUUUUAAUACUCACAGAUUGUUCACAUUUAUGUUGUUGUUUGUUGAACAUCAAUCAUCAUGGAAUCUUGUCGUCUUUUCCCCUGAAUAUAAAUAAUAAAUAAUAAACCUGUUUAUAAUUAAUACUCAGUGAUUAAUGAUGAAUAAACUCCACACCUGUCAUCACCUUUCCAUCUCUAUCUUUAAUCACCCUUAUCUGUUGUCCAUCCUUCCCGUCUCUAUCUCUCUGUCUCACUAAUCUGCACGCUCUCCUCACCUUCCCUCGUGUCUAACCUGACACACAACCUCAUCACGUCCCUCUUCCCUCUGUGCUGUGAUUCCUUGUUCCUCUUCCUAUCCACACCAUAAUAAAACAGUUUGUAACCCCUCCA